AUGCCCCCAGUUCCCGGCGGCCCCGCUAUUCCUGGCUACGGUGGCGACCAUGGUAACGGCGGGGCAGGAGGUGCUAAGAAUCUCCGGUGGAGGUUCUGUUGCCACCUACGACGACUCGACCUGGCAACUUAUAACGCACGCACCCUGAGGACUGACGAGAAGAUCGUGGAGCAGGAAGAAAAGAUAGACAAGUGGCGCUGGAAUGUCAUAGGAUUAUCCGAAGUCCGAAGAGAGGGGGAGGACACGGUAAUCCUCAAAUCCGGCAAUUUGUUCUAUCACCAGGAGGGCGACCAUCUGUCCCAAGGAGGUGUCGGAUUUAUUGUCCACAAGUCUCUUGUUAACAACGUUGUAAAGAUUGGGAGUGUGUCGACGAGGGUUGCGUACCUUAUACUCAGAAUCACCAAACGAAUCACCAAACGGUAUUCGCUGAAGGUCAUACAGGUUUACGCACCAACCUCGGCACACCCCGAUGAGGAGGUGGAGGAAAUGUAUGAGGAUAUCUCUAGAGCCAUGCAUUCCUCCAAAACCCAAUAUACGGUGUUAAUGGGAGACUUCAAUGCAAAACUAGGCACAAGAGAGAACGGUGAGCUGAAAGUAGGGAAUUUCGGAAUAGGGCAACGGAACCCAAGGGGCCAGCAGCUGGCGGACUUCAUGGAGAAAGAGGGACUCUUUAUGAUGAACUCUUUCUUCCAGAAGCGGCCCCACAGGAAGUGGACUUGGUCGAGCCCCGACGGUUCGACAAAAAAUGAGAUUGACUUCAUUAUGACGACCAGACGACAACUGUUCAGUGAUGUCUCCGUGAUCGCGAGGGUGAAAACUGGUAGCGAUCACCGAAUGGUUAGAGGCACACUGAACCUAAACGUUAAGUUGGAGAGGUCUCGUCUAAUGAAGUCAACGCUCCGUCCCCCUCGUGCUCUGUUCCAAAGUCCCGAAACCUUUCAGCUCGAGUUACAAAACCAUUUUCAGUGCCUAGAAGACUGCAAUGAAGUGGACGAUAUGAAUGACAAGCUCGUGGAAACUGUCCAUGCGGUCGGAGCUAAGUUCUGCAAGACCCGCCGCAGAAGAACACAAAAACUCUCCGAUCACACUCUUAAUCUCAUGGCUGUUAGACGGGAGAUGAAGCUACAUUCUUCAACAGAUUUGACAGUUGCCUGUAGCAACUGA